GAAAUGGGGGACCUGGAGGUGACGAUAUGCCUCCGGGAUUAUUGCCAAGUCACAAGGCAUCGAUUGUCAUGUUCCUUGACAGAGUUUAUGACAUUGAUGAUCAGGCAACCUUCUACAGACUGCUUGAUGAUGCCUUCCUACCAGAUCUAAGAGCGGCCACUACACUAGAUAUG